AUGGCCUCCUCGGAGCUGAAUAUACCUCCUAUGAAGGACCUCACAAUCGACAAUAUUACCGAAAACACCAUCCUCAUCAACUCGCAAUCCCCAGAUCAGCGUCUCACAUAUGUGAUGGAAAGACUAGUAACACAUCUCCACGACUUUGCACGCGAAACCCGAUUAAGCACUGCGGAAUGGAUGGCAGCAUUGAACUUCCUGGUAAAGGUUGGCCAGAUAUCGAGUGAUGUCCGACACGAAUUCAUCCUCCUCUCCGACAUCCUCGGCCUCUCCCUCCUCGUCGACGCAAUCGACCACCCCAAACCAGCUUCUAGCACCGAAGGCUCAGUCCUCGGCCCCUUCCACACCCACGACCCGCCCACCAUCUCCAACGGCUCCACCAUCUCCUCCGACCCAGAAGGCGAGCCGUGUCUCGUCGUUUGCACAGUCUCAGAUCAAGCAGGAAUCCCCAUUGUGGAUGUGAAGGUCGAUAUCUGGGAGACGGACUCAACUGGGCAUUACGAUGUGCAGUAUUCGGAUCUACAAAGUCCUGAUGGCAGAUGUGUCAUGAAGAGCGACGAGAACGGGGUCUUUUAUUUCAAGGCCAUUGUGCCGGUUCCAUAUCCGAUUCCACAUGAUGGGCCCGUAGGACAGCUGUUGAAAUUGUUGAAACGCCAUCCGUGGAGACCGGCGCAUAUGCAUUUUAUGUUUGAGAAGGAGGGCUGGGAUCAUUUGAUAACAGCACUCUACAUUCGCAACGACCCCUAUGAAACCUCGGAUGCCGUUUUCGGCGUUAAACAAUCCCUCGUUGUAGACUUUACUACCGUCGACGCCGCUACAGCAAAAGUAUACGGUGUUAAAGAGGGGACGAAGCUACUGAAGCAUGAUUUUGUUCUGGUUGGAAAGGAGGAGACGAUGAAAUUAAGGGAUGAGAAUGCACUUAAGGCGAUGAAAAAGUUGGGAAGGAGGGUCAAGUUGAUUGAUCAUUUGCCAGUGCCGGAUUUGGACUAG